AUGAAUAUUCGUAAGAAUAAAGAACGAUCUACUGGAGAGAAAUUAACACGUUUCCUAUUGGGGUAUCGGGCGACUCCACAUACCGCUACUGGUUGUACACCCGCUGAAAUGCUGAUGAGAAGAAGACACCAAACCACACUUGACUUAUUACAUCCCAGUUUGUCGGCUAAGAUGGCAAGGAUAUCGAAUGACCUAUCACAAUCUGCAUUGCCAAAGUUUGAAACAGGAGAUCCAGUUAAGGUGAAAGAUUACCGAGCACAAAUAGAUCCAUGGAUAAACGGAAUGACUCAAAUUAGGUUGAGUCCAAUAAAUUAUCGACUUCAG